AUGAUUAGUACUUCGAAAAGCGCUGCUUUACCUAAAUCAGCUCAAUCAAUGCUUAACAAAGCUAUCGAAAAAGCGGCAAAAGAGGAAGCUAAGAAAGCUAGAAUUGCAAAGAAAGCCGAAAAAGACGAAGCGAAAAGACUCGCUAUAUUAAAUCCUCUUCUACUAAAAAAAAGAAGUCGAUUACGAAAAGAAAAAAGUAUCGCAAAGCUUGUUCUUAAGCAAUUACGAACUAUUAAAAAGGAAAAGAAUCAAGUUGAAGAAAGUCAAGUCGAAAUAGCUUUAUCUUAG